AUGGGGCAUUCUGCAGCAAUCUGGGAUUCCAAGCUUGCAACUGAAAGAGUCAAAGACUGGAAUGGAAUCGAUCAAAUCGUACUUCGGAAUCCACAAGGCGCUUCGGCUAGGGUCAGCUUGCAGGGUGGCCAUGUCAUUUCAUGGCGGAAUGAUCAAGGCCAAGAACUCCUUUUCACUAGUAGUAAGGUGAAUGUGAAGGCUCCAAAAGCAAUCAGAGGGGGUAUUCCAAUCUGUUUUCCUCAGGUAUAUGAAUCAAUGAAUCUUGUGAAAACCCGUGUGAUUUGGGGUUAA